AUGUUGAAGGAAGUGUGUCAAGGUGCUGAAAAUUGCGAGUUGGUGAAGAAGUACAACGUGUCUAAGUCAACCAUCUCGACGAUUCUAAAGAACAAGGAAAAGAUCACCAGCUCUGCCGCCAACUCGACGAACAGAAAGCACCUGCAGAAAAUCACCUAUGCGGACGUAGAGGACGCGCUGCCUAAGUGGUUCACCGACGCACGGGCUCGCAACAUUCCGAUAAGUUGGCUAAUGAUGCUGGGCAAAGCCAGAAACUUUGCAUUCCUGCUAGAUCGUCCUGGCUUCUGCCCAGGCAACGGCUGGCUACAUCUAUUCAAAGACAACGUGGUUCCAGCGGAGGCCCAUGCCUACAUCAACCACCGGGUGCACCCUUCACAGUCGGUGGCUGAGGUUGUAGAGCUUGACCGGCAGCUGCUGGGUGGACUGCCCAAUGUCUCCCUGGAGGUUCUCCAUUCCAUGGAGGCACACCCCGUGUCACCACACAGUGAGCAAGAGCUUGGUUUCCGUGCCAUCGCCUGCAGCGUACGGAAGAUCUUCCCCGAGGCAAUUUCUGUUCCUGCCUUGGCACUAGGAAACACGGACACACGGUACUACCUGGACCUUACCCGAAACGUGUACCGGUUCGCACCAGUACUCCUGACACCACAAGAGGCCUCUAGUCGAUUGCAUGGUGACAACGAGCGUAUCUCGCGCCUGAACUACGAGCGCCUUGUCAAUUUUUAUCGGCUCAUUAUGCGUUACGCUGAUCAUGCUGGCAUUUCACACCAGUCACGUGACGAACUUUAGGCUGCCACGCCGGCUUCAGCCUUCGUGUCAGCAGAGUGUGCAGUAUUGACUCGUGGAAGUUGGCCUAUAUGUAACAUCAACAUUAGUAAAAUGAAAUAAUUUUAGCAGCCGGCAUUCUGAAGCGCCAUGUAACAUGUAUAGUUGUGCUGUGAAACGGCCCUGCAAAUGGUUUGAGGGAGCAUGUGUGGCUUUUGCACCAUUACACAAAGCACGUAUGCUUCAGCACAUCUGAACAUAGCGCAUAUGGAAAGUUCAGGGAUGUUCUCUGCAUGAAUGAUUGCAUUUCGCUCCUGGCUGAUUGUACAUUGCUGUAAUACUGAAUAACACUGCACGAGUGUCAGUUGGCAAGAUUGUCAGUAUUACAUGGAAAACUGUGGCAGUAAAAUUGUAGCUAAGCAUAGAAAGGUCACUUGCAAUGUCUCUGUAUAUUUUUUCACAGGCAUUCUUUACUAUGAUACAAAUAACUAAAAAUGUGAUAAGAAAUAUACUUUUGCCUAUAUACAUGUAGUAUCAGUCCGCAUGUCACACAUUUUCUUGUCCUGUAGCAGUCCCAUACACAUUUUCAUAAUCACUUUGUCAGCAGCAUCCACAAAUGCGGCUUACGGUGCUGACUGGAUCAUUGAUACACAUUCAUCCGAUAUUUUUAAUAUAUUGCAAAAGUGUACAUUUGCAUUUGAAUGGUAUAAGUGCAAUAAGACAUGUUACACACUGAUAUGCAAAGUGUCCUGAACUUUACAAAGAUAUUUAAUGGAUUGAUACCUUGAAAGUUAUGCUGACAAGUCAUCUUUUUCUGUAUUUUGUUUUUUAGUCUUUCAAGCCCCAAGCACUGCAGUAAGGUAUAGAGAGCAAGGUUGGGCAUGCAAUCUUUUAUGUUUUUUUCAGUGAGGAAGUGAGAAAACAGAAUGAGACAAUAUUGUGCAUCAAACAGUCAGUCACCAAACAACUCAAAUAAAGGGACACUAACAACAAAUGAUAGGCCAUUUUAGACUCCAAAGGUAUUCUUUCCAUACCUUACCUUAUUUGAAUUUCUUUGGUGGGGAAAAGCAAAGUUUGCUUUUAAUGGAAAAAGUGAAGGCCAAUCUUCGCGUUAUUGCAUUUUGCACCUAAACUGCAGUGCUAGUGAUGUCAGUGUAUUGUUGCAGACUUCAUAUAACAUUUUUGCGCAACUAAGGCCAUUUUUAUGCUGUAGAGGUUGCCAAGAUGCGUGUUGGCUUAGAUCGGAGCCAACUGUCACAUGUCUUUUUGACAAAUGAUUAACCCUGAACAUGCACUUGCAAACAACGUAAUGUCAUGCAAACUUGACACGGUAAUUUCAAAGCAGCAUCGGCACAUGUCUUCCUUAUUUUCUUUCUUUUGGCAUUACUUAGCCAGCAUACGCAAUGAGGCUGACUGAUUUGCCACUACUAAGGCGUAACCUAGCCAUAUAGCUUGACUUAACAUUUA